AUGACGGCCGACGACGUGUCUGCAGCCAAGCUCAGCCCGCGAAAGCAGCGGCAGAGCAAGCCGCUGUCAGACUCGUUCUUUGGGGCCAGAGAUAUCACCAGCACGCCGUCCGCGGCAGCGCCGGCGUCGUCGCAGCUGCUGUCGUCGUCACCGGCCUUUGCGACACCGCUGCACCCGAUCCGGCCGUUCAACCCGCACGGAGGGGCGGCGACGACGGGGCCAGCGGCCAAGCCGACAAUUCUGCCGAUCCUUCUGCCACCGGCGACGCUGCGUCCGCUUGCGUUCCGCACGUUUACCAAGAAGCACAGCCUGACGCUGACGUCGUCGGCGCUGCAGGAGCUGGCGGCCUUUAUCGGGCGGCACUGCGGGUCCGGAUGGCGAGAGGAGGGCCUGGCCGAGCGAGUGCUGGAAGAGACGGCCAAGAGCUGGAAGAACCGCAAUUGCGGCUUCAUCGUGGACGGAUCCAGCGCCGAGCUCAAGGACAUCCUCAAGUCGCUGGAGGGCAACAUGAGCGGCGGCCGGGUAGUGCAUGGCGGAUCGAGCGGCGCAGGCGGCAGCAGCAGCAGCAGUAGCAGAAGCAAAGAUAACAGCGGCGGCAAUAAUGGAGUGACCCUCGGCGGGAUCACGCGGCAGGACAGCCUGAGGCUGGAUGCAUCGCACGAGUCGGAGAUCACCAGCACGCGGUUGGGACUGCGGCCGGCGCUGCACGCAGGACGGCCGGCGCUGCUGGCACGCGAAGACAGCCAGGUGAGCACAGGCUUAGACGGCAGCAUGGAGGUGGACGACGACGGCGUGGAUGAUGACGGCUUGGCCGACCCACGGCGAUGGCUGCAGGUGAUUGGGGCCUUUGACCAGCCGCGGAUGCUGGACACAUCGAAACCAUCGCUGCUGCCUAAUAUCAGCCAGAAGACGAGCGUUUUCCGCAAUCGGUUCAACGUGAUCCACCAGCGGCUGUUGCGCAACGACAUGUUCCAGAGCUCGGCGGUGGCCGAGGCGCGGGCGGUGGCCACGCUGCAAUCGGCGUCUCUGUCGUCGUCGUCGCUGUCGCAGACGCAUCGGAUCACGCCGGUGGCCAACCUGCUGGGCCGCCACGGGACACACCACAUGCUGCUGGGGAUGCUAGUGGUGCUGCCGACGGGCAAGCUAUCGAUCUGCGACCUGUCAGCAUCAAUAACGCUAGACUUGAGCAGCGCAGUGGCGAUCCCGGAGGACUCGGCGUGGUUCGCGCCCGGGAUGAUCGUGCUGGUGGAUGGAGUGUACGAAGAGGAGGAGGAAUCGGCAGGCCGCGGGCUGAACGGGGCGACGGGCGUGGGCGGCACGAUUGGCGGUCGCUUUCAGGCCUUUUUCAUGGGCCAGCCACCGAGCGAGAAGCGGCGGGUUUCGCUGGGAAUCAGCGGGCCAGAUGGCGGCCAGGACCACACGAUCGGGGGGGGGUUUGGCUGGAUCGACUUUCUGGGCGUCGGCAGCCAGCGGGCAGUCGGAGCACGGAUGCGCAAGCUGGAGCAGCGGCUGCUACAGCGACAGCAGAGGAGGGGGGUGGAAACACAACCACAACAUCCAGGACGACAUCGUGUGGUGGUUCUCGGCGAGGUCAACCUGGACCAGCCACAGGCAUUGCAGGCGCUCAAGAAGAUCCUCGGGCUGUACGCAUCAGAGGCAGAAGGGUCGACGCCGGUGGCGUUUGUGCUGGCCGGCAGCUUCACGGAGCACGCAGUGAUGGCACGCGGCGGCAGCGGUGGCAGCAUCGAAUACAAGGAGUACUUUGACGCGUUGGCCUCGACGUUAGCCGACUUUCCGAGCCUGCUGCAGUCGGCCACGUUUGUCUUUGUGCCGGGCGACAACGACGGCUGGGUGUCGUCGUUUGGCGCCGGUGCCGCCGUGCCGCUGCCGCGCAAGCCGGUGCCCGACCUGUUCACGUCGCGCGUGCGGCGAGCCUUUGCAACAGCCAACGCCGAGGCCGGUCUGGCCGAUGGUCGUGGCGGCGAGGCCGUCUGGACCACCAACCCGAGCCGGCUGUCGCUCUUUGGACCCAGCCACGAGAUCGUGCUCUUCCGCGACGACAUCUCGAGCCGGCUGCGACGCACGGCCGUCCGGCUGGCAUCCAAGGCUGGCGAGAUGGAGGUGGAUGAAAGUCAAGGCAGCCAUGGCAGCCAAAACACACCCAUUCCCCACGAUCUCCAGACAGCCCGAAAGCUCGUCAAGACCGUGCUCGACCAGGGCUACCUGGCCCCUUUCCGACAGCCGAUCCGGCCGGUGCACUGGGACUUUGCCGGCGCUCUGCACCUCUACCCCCUGCCGACGGUCAUGGUGCUGAUCGACACGACCACGCCGCCCUUUUGCGUCACCUACGAGGGCUGUCAUGUCAUGAAUCCCGGCAGUCUGCUGGUGGCCGGCCGUCGCGGCACUGCUCGCUGGGUCGAAUCCGAGAUUCCGAAUCCCAAAGCUACACAACGCAUCACAGCAGCAGCAGCAUGGCCACGAAGUAGCCGGCUUACCUGUCGCCGUCUCCUGUCUGUCUUUCCGACCGUCCCCGCUCUCUUCCGAUCUGCGCUGCGCGCCCCCGACAUCAUGGCCAGCACCGAGCAGCUCGAGAUACACAGCAAGUCCUACAUUGUGCGAUGGGCCAAGGUCGAUGAAGGCCACACCAUCUCGUGGAGCGUUCAGCCACACAAGAAGUCCAUGUACGUUGUCCGUUCUGUCCGCCUCAGCCGCGUGUGGACAGCUUUUAACCAGGCCAGAAAUUUUGGCAUCGUCAAGCACCCCGGCACCGGCGUCACCAACCUGACGACAUUCCAGUCCGACCUCGAUGACAGCAGCAGCAUCCUGGCCGACGGCACGUCCGAGGCCAAGGCCGGGCUCUUUGCCAACAAAGGCUCGGCCCCGGAACAGCUGCGCAAAAAGGGCUUCAAGGUGAUCCAAUGGCACGGCAAGUGUGAUGCCGACAAGGUCUCCGUCGGCACGUACGACGUGCAGCCGGGUGAAGCCGGCAUGUUCGGCCUCGUCUUCGACAACACCUUUUCCAAGCAGACGUCCAAGAACGCAACCUUUAACUUGCAGAUCAUCUCGACCGACACACCGCCACAGGCCGGUCAGCGUCUGCCCAACCUGCAGGCCCCAGCCUAUGCCACCGGCAGCGGCACCAGUCUGGCCCGCACGCUCAACCCGCAGCUGACUGCGGCCGCGUCCGAGUCGGUUGACAGCCUGGGCAGCCACAAUGCGCCGGCCAGCAACAGCAUCGUGGGUGUCACCAGCACGACCGGCAACGCCGGACAGCCCGUCGUCCUGACGGCUGCGGCCCAGAGCCUGGCCUCGCCGGCAAACUACCACGUCGGCUCGCUGAUGAAGCGGCGCCGGAAGAAGGGCCAGGGCUAUGCGCGGCGUUUCUUCUCGCUCGACUACGCCACCUGCACGCUUUCGUACUACUACAAUCGCAACUCGUCGGCCCUGCGCGGAGCCAUCCCGCUGAGCCUGGCGGCCAUCGCGGCAGACGAACGACGCCGUGAGAUCACCGUCGACUCGGGCGCCGAGGUGUGGCACCUCAAGGCGUCCAGCGUCAAGGAGUUUACCGACUGGGGCCACGCACUGGAGCGGGCCAGCCGCAUCGCCCGCGGCCUACAGCAGGGCCGGGCAGCCGACGACCACAAGCAGCCGACCGAGAACAAGUCAGCCGACACAGCGCCACAGCACCUGCAAAUGCUACAGGAAGGCGAACGCGAGUGGCAGCAGGUGGAGGCGCUGGUCAGCCGCGUCGUGGGCACGCGGGACGCUCUCCGGCGUCUGGUCAAGAGCACGGCUGCGCAGCAGCACCUCAACCAGAUGCACGCAGCGCCGGCAGUCCAGCACCUGUCGCCACCAGAAGACGCCGACGAGAACGUGCCAUCGCCGCCAGGGCCACAGCAGGUCGACCGCAAACCGUUUUGGCGGCGCAAGUCCUCUGCAGCCACGACGCCGAUGAGUCCGCAGAGCUUCCAGCCGCCAGUGCCGGCGCUGCCAUCAGCGCUGACCAUUCCAGUGUCGUCGGGCGCGUCCAUCGUGACAAUGGCCAGCGGCAAGAUCGCCGGAGGCCAGCGCGGCCGUUCCGGCAGCUCAGGGACAAACGCCGAAGAGGACUCGAUGCACGGACACUGCCAGGCGCUCCUGGACGACCUCGACUCAGUGGUAUCGGAGUUUACGAACCUGCUGGCCACCAGCAAGCAGCGCCGUACAGCCGCGGUCGCUGCAGUGAACAACACAGCUUCGGCGGUGAGCAGUAGCGGCGGCGGCGGUGGGAUCCCGCGCAGGAGCAUGGACUCGACGACGUCGGACGAGUUCUUUGACGCAGCCGAGGGCGAUACGACGCGGCCACAGGUGCUGCGGAUAGACGCGCACAGCGAGGCGGAAGACACGCCAGGCACAGACGGCGAGGAGGCGUCGCUGCACGAUGAGUCAUCCGUAUCGUCAGUGGAAGGCGAAGAGGAGUACGAGGGCGCAGGAGCGGGCGGCGACGACGAGGAUGGCAACGGGAACGGCAGUCCGGAGAGCCUGUUCCCGGCGAAGCCCAAGUCGCUGACGCCACUGCCGGUAACGGAAUUGGUGAAGCGGCGGACGACAAUCCCACGGUCGACGGUGAUGCCGCCCAGUCUGAUCGCGUUUGUGCGCAAGAACGUGGGCAAAGACCUGUCGACAAUCUCGAUGCCGGCAUCGGCCAACGAGCCGCUGUCGAUGCUGCAGCGGGUGGCCGAACAGCUGGAGUACGCGCAGCUGCUAGACGCAGCAGUGACGAAGAAGCGAGCAGACGAGCGGCUGCUCUACAUGGCGGCCUUUGCAGUGUCGCAGUUUGCGGGCGGACGAGUGAAGGAGCGGUCGAUCCGCAAGCCGUGGAACCCGCUGCUGGGCGAGACGUUUGAGCUGGUGCGCACAGAGACGGACGUUCCCGGGGGCCUGCGGCUGCUGGUGGAAAAGGUGAGCCACCGGCCGGUGCGACUGGUGAUGCAGGCAGACGCGGCAGCCUGGUCGUUUGCGCAGGCGCCAGCGCCGUCGCAGAAGUUUUGGGGCAAGAGCGCGGAGAUCGUGACGGAGGGCCGAGUGCGCGUGGUGCUACGGCUGCCGGACGGCACGGAGGAGAAGUACUCGUGGACGCUGGCGACAGUCUUCUUGCGCAACGUUGUCGUGGGCGAGAAAUAUGUGGAGCCGGUAGGGACGAUGCACGUGAUCAACGACAGCACAGGUGCCAAGGCGGCCAUCGAGUUCCGGUCCAAGGGCAUGUUUGGCGGCCGCGGCGAGGACGUGCAGAUCGACGCGCUGGACAGCACGGGUGCCCGCACGGGUCUGUCGGUGACCGGCACCUGGACGCAGUCGCUGCGGCUGGUGGAGCAGGGUGGCGGCAGCGGCACCGAGAUCUGGCGAGCCGGCCCCCUGGUCGACGACGCCGCACACGUCUACGGGCUGACACGCUUUGCCGCCUCGCUCAACGAGAUCACCGCGCUAGAGCGUGGCCGCAUGGCCCCGACCGAUACCCGGCUCCGGCCGGACCAGCGGCUCGCCGAGGACGGCAACCUGGACGAGGCCGAGGCCUGGAAGACCCGUCUUGAGGAGGCCCAGCGCACGCGGCGCCGCCAGGCCGAGGAGCGCGGCGAAGAACACCGUUCCCGCUGGUUUGUCAAGGUGGCCACUGGACCCGACGGCGACGAGGUCUGGCGUCUCAAGGGCGGCAAGGACGGCUACUGGGAGGAGCGCGCGCGCGGCGUCUGGACCGGCCUCGACGAUCUGUAUUCUGUCUGA